AUGCCCAGUACCAAUACCCAAUAUCUAGAACUUGGCCAAAUUGACAUUUUGAAGGCUUCAGUACCGUUAAAUGGAGAGUUUGUUGUGACGCAAGGGAUGGAAAUACAAAAUCGCAAGGGGUGGAGUUUACCCUCUCCAGUACACGUUGAAGCUUCAUCCUCCCACGGUGCCGCCGCCUCUUUGCCCCCAUCCUCACACGCCGCUGCCGCCGCCUGUUCUCUCUCCACCACCACCGUGAAGGAAGAAAUGGUGCGCUCCCUCUCUGUGAUUUCUUGUAUUCCUCCAUUAUCCUUCUCCAAAAUGUCUUUUGAUUUAAUCAUCGUCCGUCUUCCUUUUCGUUCGCGCCCGCCUGAUCUUCUUUUCACCCUGUUUUUGGUGAAGGACGCGUCUCCGAGGCAGGUCUCGGGUUUGGUACCAACUUUCGGUUACAAUAUAGUUGGCCUCUCCCAGGUAUCUCUCAACGAGGGUUCGAAUAUCACCUAUUUAUUUGUUACACUGCGUUUUUUGCAGAAGAAUAAUGCAGGUGUCGCCGACACUUCUCCCGUCAAGCCCCUCGUCGGUAUGCUCCACUCCGACUCGGGAAAUUGGGGCUUUCUAGAAAGAGUGAAACGAUUUCAAGAAGUGAAGGAGAAGAACCAGACCUCGUUGGAUGCUUGUGCUUGGUUUCACACAAUUGCAAUUCGACGCCAUUUUUUAAGGUUUGGCAUGGUCGGUGGACAAGAAGAGAUUGAAGGAUUGCUUUAGAUUCUUGAGGGGAUGUCACUAAAGUUGUUGAAA